GCCCGAUGUUUUGGGUGCUUCAUCCUGCGGCGGUGUUUCUGAGGAAGGGCAGGGCGAGGCAGUAGUUUGAAAGAUGGCGACCGUAAGUUGGUCGUGUGCGUGUUGUCUACGCUUUAAAUUUAGUCCUGAAGAAAUAGAAAUGCGUUACAGAAGUCAAGAGAUUGACAAAAUGAUUGAGAAGGACAAGCAAUCUACCAAACGCCAAGUUAAGCUGCUGCUGCUAGGAGCUGGCGAGAGUGGGAAGUCAACAUUUCUCAAGCAGAUGAGGAUAAUUCACGGAGUGAAGUUUGAGCCGGAUUUAGUGCGUGAAUAUCAGCAUGUCAUUUACCAGAAUAUUGUGAAGGGCAUGAAAGUCUUAGUUGACGCGCGUGACAAGCUGUCCAUCGCUUGGGAAAACCCGCGUAACGCUAAGCACGGUCUUCAUGUCUUGAGUUAUCAAAAUGGAGAGGCACUAGACGCAAGAAUCUUUCAGGACUAUAUAACAGCGCUAGAAAGCCUUUGGAAGGAUUCUGGUAUCAGGCGUGCUUUUGAAAGAAGAAGGGAGUUUCAGCUGAGUGACUCUGUUCAAUACUUUCUAGAUAACUUGGAACGGAUAGCCAAAAUGGACUACAUACCAUCCAACCAAGAUAUUCUACAUGCCCGAAAAGCUACCAAAGGAAUAUCGGAAUUUGUUAUCAACAUAAAUAAGAUUCCGUUCCGAUUUGUAGAUGUUGGUGGACAACGAUCUCAAAGGCAAAAAUGGUUCCAGUGCUUUGACUCUGUCACAUCCAUUCUGUUCCUAGUCUCCAGUUCUGAAUUUGACCAAGUUUUAGUAGAAGAUCGAAAAACUAACAGACUGGAGGAGUCAAGGGUUAUAUUUGACAGUAUUGUGAACAAUAAAUGGUUCAGGGGUGUUUCUAUUAUUCUUUUUCUUAAUAAAACUGACCUUCUUGUUGAAAAGGUCCAGUCUAAAGAAACAAGCAUCAAAUGGUUUUUCCCAGAAUUUCCUGGCGAUCCUCACAAGCUUGCAGAUGUGCAGAAGUACACUUUGGAUCUAUUUGUGUCAGUUAAGAGGGAUCCAAAGAAACCUUUAUUCCACCAUUUUACAACUGCAGUUGAUACAGAGAAUAUUAAAGUUGUGUUUAAUGCUGUAAAAGAUACUAUCUUACACAGGAAUUUGCAAUCCUUAAUGCUUCAAUGAUAGGUUUCCAUCACAAACUAAUUUGUAAACUUAUGUGGUCUUUCAUUUAUUCUUUUAGACUUCCUGUAGCCUGAAACUCUUUAUAAGAGAAAUUCCAAUGGUAUCCCUAUCAAGUAACAAAUGAUACAGUUAUGGGGAGUAAUACUGACAAUGGAAACCAAAUAAGUUUACUUCCCAGUGAGUGGUGUUGUUGCUUUAAUAGUUUGUAUUGGUUGUAAAAAAAGAGUAAAACUAUCUGAUUUGUGUGUUGUUGCCUUUGCAGCUUGACAUGAUAUGUACCUCAAAUAGUAGUAAUUAUUGUUUUUCCUAAGAGUUUUAGCAAAGGUUAAUGCUUUCACAUUUUGAAAGCUGCCAUAAGUUUCUAGAAUCUAAAAAGUGCCAGUAUCUUCUUCCUUGAAAUAGUGGUAUUCUAUUCCAAUAGUGAUAAAUGUAUUUUCUGACCCUUUCUGUGCUUUUCACUAAGGUAUAAUUUUUAUAUGAUAAACACACAUGUACUUGUAUACUGACUGCCACCAAACCAGCUGCAUGAAAUAUUGUUUGUACUACUCAAUACCAUGCCACUAGUUUUACAAGUAUCUUUUAUAUCUAGACCAGGCUACAGCUGAUUGAUUAUGCUAAAUCUACCUUGAACAUGUAUUCUGUUCUACGUUUUUUUUUUUAAACAAUUUCUCAGUAGAUGUUAUUUUCAAUUGUGAAGGAAACUUUCCCAUCCAAAUAGGUUAAUAUUGAGUUGUGAACUUAUGGUUAGUUACUUGUGUUAACUUUUGAGACUUUUUCCAAUGAGUCUGUGAUAAAUAUUGUAUGUAUGAAUGCUAUUGCAAAAGGCGUUGUCAAGUAGGUCCCAGGAUUUUUGGUGCGCUCUUUUGGAACUGUUGAUAAUCUAGUUAUAAUUUGUUUUAAAAAUUUAUUUCAAAUUCAGUUUGAGGUAUUACAGCUUUUAUUGGCACGAUUAUUUGCAAUCGUUGUAUAAAAAAUUAUCUGCAUCAGUGCAAUUUUCACUUUUUAAGAGGAUGUAACUGCAGGUGACAAACUUACCUUUGUUUUCCUUGCUUAGUUGUUGGAGUAACUACCAGUCAUUCCUUGAUGUCUCAAGUCAUGUUUCCAUUUGCUGUCAGGCUCUUAAUGACAGGUAUUUUAUAAGUAUUGCAUGGUCUCUGCCUUGUAUAGACUAUUGUAAUGCGGGAAUGAAUAUUUACCCUCAAAGAUUUAUUGAAACUAGCUGUAAAAUCAUGUGUCAUGUGAAGCCGAUAUAGCAAUUUGGACCUCAUGACCAAAGCAUCCUUCAUUUAUUUUAUGAUUAAUCUAGCAUAUACCAAACCAAAUGUUCAAUAUCUUUGUAUGGAAUUGUUUAAAAUUUUAAAAAUCUUUUGAAGCUACCAAAUUAUUAAAGUUGAGCAUGUUUCACAAGUUUUUGGCUCUCAAGUUUGUGUACAAUUUUUAUGAUACUAAUCAAGCUAGUACUUUAACCCAAUCUGCGUUAAAAAUUCAAACCCAAUUUGUGUUUAAAGUUCAAUCAGGCUAGAAUCCAGUCAUGUAGAAGAUCACACAUUUAUUGUCAAAAACUGCAGUUCAAGCUCAGCUACAAAUAUCCAAAUCAACUCCUAGACAAACCUUACCAUUUAAAUAUUGAUAUAACAGCUCCUGCAAUAAUGCUGAAAUGUGCUAGCUUUUACUUCCAUGAGAGAGUGCAUUAAAAGUUAGUAUAAGUUUCAAAACCUUCCAUAACAUCUGGGCAUUGUGAAAGGACUUCAAUGAUAUUUGUUUUGUCUACCCAUGCUUCUGUUUUGAAAUAUCAAGAUAUUGCUGGUGCUGAGCUAUUUGUCAAACCCAGAAUAGUGUACAGUCAAGUCAUAGUAUGUAUCAUUUAUUUUUAUGGUUACUUCCAAUUAUGUGUUGAGUUGUAUCAAAGUAUGUUUUAAGAGGGUUUCCUUAAUUGUCUAUAUUUUUGUAUAAGAUUUUCACUCUGAACAAUUUUGAUAUGAAAGUGUUUUGUAUCUAAUGUAUAUUGUGAUUGUUGUAAUAUUUACAGCAGAUUAAGUCCUAUAUUGCUUAGUGGCUAUGAUCAAUUGGUGUUAUUGCUAAGUGCUCUUUGUUGAAUUUUUAUAGAACCACAUAUCAAUAUGUACUCUGUUUUGUUUUAUGUAUAUGUUGAAAUGUGAAUAUGCUCAUAUUAUUUGAUCUUGUAUAGUGUUGCUAAAAAUUGUUUAAUAUGGAACUCUUCUCAUAAAUCCUUCAGAAUUAUGAGGCUUAUUUUCUUGUUUCUUCUUCUUUUGAAACAAAAUGGUUUCCCUUGAUACAGUUUGUCUAAUUGUAAGAUACAUUCCGUCUAUUACUAAAAAUUUAAAAUUGCUUCCAAAAACUUACUUGAAAACCAAUUAGUCUCAAGCAAGGAGUGAAAAUGUUUUUCUCUCACUCUGAAUAUCAGCUACACAGUGCUGGUGAGGUCUGUUUGUAAUGCCUUCCAUCAUUCCUUUGCAUUAGUGGACCAAAGUAAAAUUUAUAUUAGCUUAGCAUAUUUUUUUUGUGUGUGUGUGUAAGUUUUUUGAAUUUUUCAUGAAAGUAGAAUGUUACUCUCAUGCUCAAACAUUUAUUUAUUGGAAGGGACUUGGGAAACAUGCACCAAAGUUGUGUGAAUUAACUUAUGACACAGGGUCUUCAUAAUUUUGGUUGCUGUUUACUGUUAAGCUCAUGUUCCAUCUUACUUUUACUGAGACUUACUACUAAGAACCUACAUCUUAGUGGCUUAUUUACAUCAUCCCAUCAUGUUCAUUGUAUUCGCCAUACCAUUAUGGGAAAACUAUAAUUAUAUUUCUACCAUUUUCAAACUUUUUGAAAGAGAUAGGGGAAUAGGUGAUUUUCAUUCAUUGGCUUAUAUUCUCAAGGUGAACAGUGCUUAAUUCAAUAAGCAUUCAAGUGGUGUCCUUUUACAUGUGUUUUUUGUUGAUAUGUAUUGUGUCAUAUGUAGCUUCAAGUAAAUUGUCCAUUCACAGGUAUUCAUAAUAAUAUACUUCCAAAUGAUUGCUAGUAAACCACCUAUUGUUGAGGAGCUUGUAAAACACAUGUUAAAAUGAAUGACAGUUAAACUGAUAACUUAUGCUCAAUGAGCUCCAUUAAAUUAAAUACUUUUCACUCAUUGUU